CAGCUGGCAUCAUCACAAAAUUUCGUAAAAUCAUCCUGGUCGGUUUUAAAAUACAGUCACUAUUUUUCAGUUUCUCGUAAAUAGCAUUGUAUUUAAAUUACGCGGUGCAGAUUUAUCGGAGUUUUCUUAAAAUGUAUUCAAUGCAAAGUGUAAAUGCUGGCCCUUUCUGGAGCAACGGUCCCAGUCCUGGAGCGUUUUACAAUUUCCCAGGAAAUAGUCAUGGCAGUCACAACGCGGCAGCUGCGCGUUUCGAAACUCCCGGAGAAUUCGGAACUCAAAGAUCAUACAUUCCGGUUACUACGGGAACAUCUGUAGUUGGCUUGAAAUUUGCCAACGGAGUUAUUAUUUCCGCUGACAAGCUGGUCUCCUACGGAAGCUUGGCGAGAUUCCAUGAUGUGGAUCGUGUCUACAAAAUCAAUGACAAAACCAUCAUCGGUAUUGAAGGGGAUUUUGCCGAUUUCCAGUUCAUCAAGCGUCACAUCGACCAGAAAGUGGUUGAUGACCUGUGCCUGGCAGAUAAGAAUGAGCUGAAGCCGAAGUCUCUGUACAAUUGGCUAAACCGUGUGAUGUACAACCGCAGAUGUGAUUUCCGGCCGUUGUAUCUCGAAAUAAUCGUCGGUGGCAUCCAAGACGGCGAACCCUUCCUGGGUCACAUCAACCCACGAGGACGUGCCUACACCAGUAACGUAAUCUCGACGGGUUAUGGAACGCAUUUGGCCCUUCCUCUGUUGAGAGAGUAUUCGGAAAAUCCUACAGCUUACGCCGGUCUGGAUAAAGCAAAAGCUGCUGACCUCAUAAAACGUGUUAUGGAAGUUUUGUGGUAUCGCGAUUGUCGCAGUGAUCCCAAAUAUUCGCAAGCCAUUUGCACCACCGAGGGAGUUCAACUCGACGGUCAAUGCUUCGUCAACCAGAACUGGAACCUAGCUACCAUGAUCAAGGGUUAUUAGAGCAUAGAUUAACUUCUCUUUUGAAUUCAUACAAAUUAUAACUUUUUUUUCAUUGAAUAAACGGUAAUGUAACAUUGUAA